GAGGAAGAGGAAGGGAAGCGAGAUAAAAGCAGUAGAUGUGAAGAUUAACAAAAUCGUUUUUUCUCGUUUUCUCCCAUCAUGUGGCACUCGAAGGUUGUCCUAGGAUGGCAAGGGUGAAGAGGGUGUCAUCAAGUGUGAUAUAAUUAGAGGGAUAACCAGGUGUGUGGUGGACAGCUUCUUUAUUUCCUGUGUGGAGAGCAAGGCAUUGAUUGAUGUCUGCCUCGCCUGCUGGUGCCACCGGGUCUGACUCUGUCCCCGUGUCUCCCUCAAACCCCCCCACCACCACUAGUCCCCCCUCGUCAGCGACCUCGACCAUAGUGUCUGCUGGGUCGGCCCUCUCUCCCUCAAGCACCGCCACCAGCUCCCAACCGUCGACCCCGGUAGAGCCCCCUGUUGUGCGUGAGGUCAGGCCACACAACCCCAAAAUGUCAAAGGCACUAAGCACCAGUGCUAAGAGGAUACAAAAGGAACUCGCAGAAAUUACACUGGACCCCCCACCCAACUGCAGUGCUGGGCCCAAGGGAGACAAUCUGUACGAAUGGGUGUCAACUAUCCUGGGUCCGCCUGGGUCCGUUUACGAGGGUGGGGUCUUCUUUCUAGAUAUCCAUUUCUCAGCAGAAUACCCAUUCAAACCACCUAAGGUCACGUUCCGCACACGAAUUUAUCACUGCAACAUAAACUCCCAAGGAGUGAUAUGUUUAGAUAUUCUUAAGGAUAACUGGUCUCCAGCCCUCACUAUCUCCAAGGUUCUGCUGUCCAUCUGCUCUCUUCUUACAGAUUGCAAUCCAG